AUGGUUCCUCACGAUCCAAAGGCUCAGAUCUUUGCUAUGGAGAUCAUCCAGAGCUCAGGGAAACAAAACUUUAACCAGCUGCAGAGCUUCUCCAAGCAACUAGAGAACUUCAACAAUUGGCUUCAUGAAGGUGUGAGAAACAAGGUGGCUGGGCAAGCUGAGGUUAAUAUACUGUGGGCAGCGCACCAAGUACAUCAUAGUUCUGAAGAUUACAACUUAUUCACAGCCUUGAGACAAUCUGUACUGCAGAAAUACACCUCCUGGAUUUUCAAUUUGCCCAUGGCUCUUUUCAUUCCUCCUUCAGUGUUUGCUGUUCAUCUGCAGUUUAAUCUACUUUACCAGUUUUGGAUACAUACAGAGGUUAUCACCAACCUUGGGCCUCUGGAGUGGAUACUUAAUACUCCCAGUCAUCACAGAGUUCAUCAUGGCAGAAAUCCUUACUGCAUUGACAAAAAUUACGGCGGCACACUCAUUAUCUGGGACAGGAUAUUUGGAACUUUUGAGGCAGAAGACGCAAAAGUUGUAUACGGCUUAACACAUCCAGUAAAUUCAUUUGAUCCCAUCAUGCUCCAGUUACGUCCCUUGGUUCUUAUUUGGAACACGUUUUGGGCCACACCUGGAUUCUGCAAUAAGCUUUCUGUCAUAUUCAAAGGGCCAGGCUGGGGACCAGGCAAACCUAGACUUGGCCUUCCUGAGGAAAUCCCAGUGAUCACUGGAAAAGAAGUUCCCUUUAAUCCAAGUAUACCAGCUUAUUACAACUGCUAUGCGGUUGUACAUUUUGCUGUAAUAACGGACUUGUAUACUGAACUUCUUGGUACUGUGGCUAUGUUAUCACAGGGAACUGUUGUCCUGAGAAUUGGCUUUAUCAUUCUGUCCCUGACUUCUUUCGGGCUGCUUAUGGAGAACAGGUAA